ACGAGCGAUCAUCACCAUCAUCGACAAUCACUAGCAUGCAGACCAAGACUUUGCCGCGCAUGUUUAUCGUAGUGGUGGAAGAGCAAAGUCUGGAAAGUACACAACACCCCUGUCACAAGCCUGCUCCGCCUCCGCCACGAACGCUCUUUGGGACAUACUCCGCACUUUUACCGGUCAAGAACAACACUGUGUGAAGUGUUAGGAAACCAUGUGGAUUUCAAGCUUUUCGAAAGGAGUGUCUUCGACCUGGAGCCUUCCACACAUGAUUCUUUCUGGCUUCUACCUUGCCACCGAGUCAAAUCAGCCUACGCGAUGUCUCCACCAAUUCACACUCAACGGCUCGUUCAUGAUGCAGCAUCAAACGCGCCCGAACCAACGCCCGGCACUUCACGCACUCUUCCGGUACCCUCUCCACAGCCGUUAAGAAGUGCUCUCUUCGUUUGCUUGGUUGGAGUGUCCAUAUUGGUUACAGUCGAAUGGAUCCUCUUCAUCGCAGCUUUCAGCGUCAACAUGAAGCUCAACGACCGAUACUUCUCAUACCUUGACGCAGGGCUCCAGACGCCGGCAGACGUGGACUAUCCACCUUUGGUCACCAGAGGCAGAGAUCGAGACAUUGACGGUCCACUGGUCAUGUGUCUCCUGCCUCUGGGAUACGAUAGUUUCUUCUUGAUGGUCAUAUCCGGCUGGGCUUGCCAUAAGCGGUUGCCGAGGGUGCUCGUCCUGUGCGUGUCGGUGUUGGCGUUUCCUAUGUGGAGCAUAUGCGGCUCCUUCAACGUGUUCCUAGUUCUGAGUGCACGGGAGGAGACGUGGGAUCCCGCGUUCAAUUCUCUGUAUGGGUUCUUCACAGCUCUUCAAGUUCUCUCGGCGGUUACCUGGUUGGCCGUUCUGAUCGCUGCUGCAAGGAGCAUCGACAAGAGAAAGAAGGAAAGAUGGAUGGCGGAGGGAGUCGAGAGAGCAUUGAGACGACAGCGCGCCGAGGAGCACCAGUUGCAGGAUCUGCCAGCAUAUCAGGCGUAGGACGGGCAAGGCGUGGCUGGAAUCGGGAUCAGAGGGGUUUUCAUCAUGGUUGGCAAGUAAUG